AUGCUCUCGAACAGUCCAGAUCGCCCGACAACUGCAUCACCACCAGGACCGCCUUCUUCUCAGUCGUCAUCCGUGGGGUCUUGCUACACCUCUGACUCCUCGAGAGCCUCGUUCCAAGCGCGCCCCACACUCUCUGAUCCUUCCUCGAGCUCUACCAGCCUGGCUAGCGCCUGCGAUCGAACCGUCGCACUUACCAAGCGCACUGCUCAGACCAUAAUCACCAGCCCGAUAUUGAUCACACACCACGGAGCUAUCGAGCAUCACCCUGAAGAACUUUUUCCGGGCAAAACGAGUCACUCCGGUUUAGCUUCCCGUGCUUCGCCUCUAGCCGAUUAUUCCCGCACCCGCACAAUGCAACCACUCGCGAGUGACUCUAGCGGGACAGGCCAUCUUGAUGUAUUUCGGCAUGCCGGCUCUUCCAACAACAUCACAUUUGAUCCUUCUCCACACGCCACCCGCGAGGCACAGCAUUUCGACAGUCCAGACAACCAUGCACCCGCACCAAAGGCUCGCCGUACCAGUCCUGGCGGAUCGCGAACCUCUGGUAACUUCGACCCUUUGCAUAAUGCGGCCCCAACCGAUCACAGUGCCAACUCGCACCCACUUGCAGGCGCUUCUGCGUACGCACACAUAAGCAGUGACGCAUCGCCAUUUAUGCCAUCGACGUCCUCUAGCAACACGACACAAGAAACCGGCUCCUCGACAGGAGUUUCAUGGAACAGCACGGUAGCGAGCGACAAACCGCCAGAUUCUGUCCCAGGCCCCCAACCCCGUUGGCCGUCUUCGGACGCGUUGCAGUCGCAUGUAACUCAGACCUUGCACGCGUCUACCACGCCUUCGCCCCGUACGCAAGACGGUGGCACUGUUUCGGUUCCACAUGAUUCCCAUGCGGCAAUAUCGAAGAAGUCUGCUUCUCCUCAGGCGUCAUCCGUCUCUCUGACGGAUCGGAGCGAAGGAGCCAUCAGAUCAAAGCAUCCAACGCUGCCCAAGAUGGACCUGGCUGCUUUCUCUCCGCAGGAGCUGCUCAAGAUUCUCGCCAUGCUGCUGCACGAGAUUGCAACUGCCAACGACGAGUUUCAGCCGGAUGGAGGCAAGGAGGAAUCGUCACGAAGCAGGAGAGCCGGUCGUAGUCGCGACCGUUCGGCGCCUCCCACGCCUGUGGGAUCGAGCGAGGCUAAUGACGCUUCUGCAGUCCGUGGAUAUGCGGCUCCUCCUGGCUCGCACCUGUCAUUUAGCGAUUCGCGGCGCCCCUCGGUGACCACAGCAGCUCUGGGCGCGCUCGCUACCCCAUCGAGCACCUUGUGCUUCCACGCGCGCAACGUACCUAGCAUCAGCAUCGAGUCAUACCUCUUGCGAAUCCUCAAGUACUGCCCGACCACCAACGAAGUGUUUCUGAGCUUGCUCGUCUAUUUUGACCGCAUGAGCAGAAUGGGCACAGGCGCAAAGCCAGGUGCCAAUGGCGAAGGAGAGGUGGCAGGUGAAGCAGCUGGUCUACCACGCGCUAUCGAGCGCGCUACAGGCCAGCAGGAUCUAGGUCUGGAAAUGUCGACGCGGCAGUCGGACGGCUCAUCGACCAAGGACGAGCCAUCGUACACGCAUCCAGGGAUCCGUGGGUUUGCCAUUGACAGCUACAACGUGCAUCGCUUGGUAAUCGCCGGCGUGACGGUGGCGAGCAAGUUUUUCAGCGACGUUUUCUACACCAACAGCCGCUACGCCAAAGUCGGUGGACUGCCACCGCACGAGCUCAAUCAGCUCGAGCUGCAGUUCCUGCUGCUCAACGAUUUCCGUUUGACGAUUCCGCUCGAAGAGAUGCAACGAUACGCAGAUCAGCUCCUAAUGUACGCGAGCGGAAGACCGGAAAUGGCCAAGAUCACAAAGACAGUGAGUUCGAGCGUAACUUCCAGCAGCUCCACGUCGAGCGCCAACGUUACGUGCGACACUGAUUCGGCCGUACCCGCGGCUGCAAAUUCGGAACGUACAACUGCCGUAACCACCGUGAUUCCGAGCGAGGUUCACGAGAACGAAGGCGACGUGCAGAUGUCGGACGCCUAG